AAUUGCUGUGUUUUAUGCUCUUAAGGCUUUUAACCUGAUUCUAAAUGUCGUUUUCCUUUUUAAGAUUUCAAUGUUCCCGGGUACUGAUACGGAACUACCUUUCCUUCAUGGAACACUUGUAGUUCAUGUACAGGAAGCAAAGGAUCUACCAGAUACAGAUAGUGCCUGGUGGACCAGUAAAAAGAACGUAACUGAUGCUUUUGCCAAGAUAAGUAUUCUCCCUGUUGGAACAACCCUGGCUAAAACUAAGGUCGUUAAUGAUUCCCUAUUCCCAGCUUGGAAUGAAGAAUUUAGUAUUCCUGUUUGUCACAAUGCGAUCAACUUAAGGGUAGAGGUUUGUGACAGUGAUUUCUGCUAUGGCGGGGAACCAAUCGGAUAUCUUGAUAUUCCGGCUAUUCGACUGCUUGAUGAGCCUGUUAUAGAUGAAUGGUUUGAUCUAGAGACUCCUGCAGGGGGGCAGGGAUCUGUUAAAAUAAAAGCAAGCUUGAAGCCUAAAGAUUGCUUUAUUGAAGGCCAUAAGAAGUUUUUACAAGAAAAAAACUAUUUUCCGAUCAGGGAAAACAACAAGAUGGUUUUAUACCAGGAUGCUGAUACUCCUAAACUACCAAUUUUUGAGGGAGUUCUAAAUCCUGAUGGUUCGGAGUAUACGCCAACAAGAUGCUGGAGGGAUUUAUUCGAUGCUAUUGUAGCAGCAGAGAAAAUUAUAUAUAUAGCAGGAUUCUCUGUAACUGUGCGGGUUCUGUUGAUGAUCUGGAAUGAUCGAACUUCCGGUUAUUUGUCACGUGGUGGGCAGAUGGGGACUCAUGAUGAAAUUACAGAGGAAUACUUUGCGGAUUCACAAGUCCAGGUUGCAAAUGUACCAAGAGUGAGCGAGGGGGAACAGGUCGGAAUAAUGCAGGCGGAAUUUGCAAAAACAAUGUUCACCCAUCAUCAGAAGUUUGUUAUAACAGACGCAGAAGAUACAGAAUCUGGGAAAAGACGUCUGGUGGCUUUCAUUGGUGGUAUUGACUUAACAGAUGGAAGAUUCGAUAACCCUGAAUAUAAUUUGUUUGAUUAUUCUAAAACACAUUGGGAGGAUUUCUAUCAAAACUGUACUCCUGGAGCUACUCCUCAAACUGGUCCACGUGAACCCUGGCAUGAUAUACAUGCUAGAGUAGAGGGUUCAAUUGUUAAGGAUAUUCUUCAUAAUUUUACAGCUCGUUGGAGGAAACAGGCUUCUGAUAAGGUUGGGAGUCUGUUUGAGAUUUCAGAUGAUGAGUUUAAUCUUGAAUACUGUCCUCCAGUAGAGGAUACAGACGGAGGUUACUGGAAUAUUCAACUACUCAGAUCCAUAACUGCAGAUUCUUGCUACUUUGAUGAGGAUAGGAUUGGGGCCUUGACUACUAAAUCUGGAACAUUGACUGAAGAUUCCAUUCUGAGGACCUAUAUUCAACAAAUUCGUCUAGCUGACAACUUUAUAUAUAUUGAAAAUCAGUAUUUUCUUGGUUCCGCAUAUUCUUGGGCUGAGGAGAGAGAUACUCACUGCAGGCACACCAUUCCGCGGGAAAUUGUUUCUAAAAUUACAGACAAAAUUGUGGCAGGAGAAAGGUUUACUGCCUAUAUAACAAUACCACUAGAUUCUGAGAUUGCUGUUGGGGCAACACAGAUUGAUUUUCAAGCUGAAGAUCAUUGCGGAGAACCUAGGAUGGCCAUUUUAGAGUUAAUGUUAUUAAACCCUCAAUGUUUCUAUCUGCCAGACUUUCCUAUACAUUUUAGUAAAGGAUAUAUAAGGUUUGAUAGAAUAAGCCGUAAAAUCACCCAGAAGCUAUUCUGCGCCUAUACAUUUUUCGAAAUGUGUAAUCUACAAUCAAAAUUGAACGAACCUUUUUUGCAGAGUACAGGUUCAGAUGCUCAUCCUACAGACUAUUUGAUGUUCUUCUCUCCCUGUAAAGCGGAAAGUCCAGAUAUGGUUCCUGAAGGACUGAUUGACCCUGAACCUGGGACACCUGCUGCAGCUGCAAAGAACUCCCUCCGCCACCCGAUCUAUGUUCAUUCUAAACUAAUGAUUGUAGAUGAUGAUUAUAUUAUUCUUGGCUCUGCAAAUAUCAACCAAAGAUCAAUGUCGGGUUCCAGAGAUUCUGAGAUAGCUGUUGGGGCAACACAGAUUGAUUUUCAAGCUGAAGAUCAUUGCGGAGAACCUAGGUAA